UCGGGAAGAUGGCGGCGGCGACCGCGGCUGCUCCUCCGGUUCCUGUGAACCUGCGGCUGGGGGAUCUGGUGUGGGGAAAGCUGGGCAGAUAUCCUCCUUGGCCAGGAAAGAUCGUUAAUCCGCCUAAAGACCUGAAGAAGCCUCGUGGGAAGAAGUGCUUCUUUGUCAAGUUUUUUGGGACUGAAGAUCAUGCUUGGAUUAAAGUGGAGCAGCUGAAGCCUUACCAUGCCCACAAAGAGGAGAUGAUCAAAAUCAACAAAGGCAAGAGGUUCCAGCAGGCCGUGGAUGCAGUGGAAGAAUUCCUCAAGAAAGCCAAAGGCAAGGACCAGGCAUCUCACAAUUCCGCUGAAGAGAAGAACCGGAGGAACUCCAGCGAAGAAAGGGGCAAAUCGUCAGGAGAAGAGAAACGCAAAGGCGGGCUGUCCGACGGGAAGCCAAAAAAGAGAGUCUCUUCGGUCUCCUCGGAGCGAGGCUCCAAGUCCCCGCUGAAGAGAACGUACGAGCAGAGCCCUCGGAAGCGAGGGCGCCCCCCCAAAGACGAGAAGGACCUGACCAUCCCAGAAUCCAGCACGGUGAAGCGAAUGAUGACGGGGACCGUGGCGGGCUUCAAAUGGCCACCCAGCGUCAGCGAGCCUGUGAAAGACGGCGACCCGCAUUUCCAUCACUUCCUGCUUAGCCAGACAGAAAAGCCGGCUGUUUGCUAUCAAGCCAUCUCGAAGAAGCUGAAGGUGUGUGAAGAGGAGACCGGAUCCACCUCCAUACAGGCAGCAGACAGCACAGCGAUCAACGGCAGCAUCACACCUACAGAUAAGAAGUUGGAUAAGGAAUUUGACCCAUUAGCGGAGCCUUUCCCUGACCCCCAGCCUGGAGUGGCCACUAACAGGAUAGGGUUCCUGGGCCUUGGCUUGAUGGGGAGCGGCAUUGUCUCCAACCUGCUGAAAAUGGGGCACACCGUCACCGUCUGGAACCGGACUGCAGAGAAGUGUGAUUUGUUCAUCCAGGAGGGGGCACGCUUGGGAAGAACCCCCGCAGAAGUGGUCUCGACCUGUGACAUCACUUUCGCCUGCGUCUCCGAUCCCAAGGCGGCCAAGGAUCUGGUGCUUGGUCCUAGUGGGGUGCUCCAGGGGAUACGUCCGGGGAAGUGCUACGUGGACAUGUCCACCGUGGACGCGGAAACAGUUACGGAGCUGGCCCAGGUGAUCGUCUCCAGGGGUGGCCGCUUCCUGGAAGCCCCCGUCUCAGGGAAUCAGCAGCUAUCCAACGAUGGGAUGCUGGUGAUCUUAGCUGCUGGGGACAGAGGCUUGUAUGAGGACUGCAGUAGUUGUUUCCAGGCUAUGGGGAAGACCUCUUUUUUCCUAGGGGAAGUGGGCAACGCCGCCAAGAUGAUGCUGAUCGUGAACAUGGUCCAGGGGAGCUUCAUGGCCACCAUAGCAGAAGGCCUGACUCUGGCCCAAGUGACCGGUCAGUCCCAGCAGACCCUUCUGGACAUCCUGAACCAAGGACAGCUCGCCAGCAUCUUCUUGGACCAGAAGUGCCAAAACAUCCUGCAAGGAAACUUUAAACCAGAUUUCUACCUGAAAUACAUCCAGAAGGAUCUCAGAUUAGCCAUUGCACUAGGCGACUCCGUCAACCACCCAACUCCCAUGGCAGCUGCCGCCAACGAGGUCUACAAAAGGGCGAAAGCAUUGGACCAAUCAGACAACGAUAUGUCCGCUGUGUACAGGGCCUACAUCCACUAGGGCUACUCCGUUCUUAUUGUUAAUACCAUGAUUAUUAAUUAUGAUGAUGAAUACUGGGUUUUCAACUCUGGACCAGUCCAUCUCUGUCUGUCUCUCUCUCUCCUUUCUCCCGCCCC